UAGAUCUCAUCUUCAUACACUUUUAGGGCAGAAUUUAUUUUUACAGACCUUCCUAUGUAAUUUUUGCCUUGAUCCAUCCUCUUCCCGCCGAGAUCGGACGGAGCCUUUCUGCCGAUUAUGAAUUUGAUCAACCCACGGUUGGAAGGAAACCUACACAUUUUUGACAGGAGCUGAAAAUUGAGUCGUCAGAGAAAUAUUAGGUCACAUUUUCAAUCAUUUUGGUGCCGAAGGGGAGGCGAGAGCUUAGUUUUAUAUUGAGACAUUACGCCGGCUGAAGGCAGAGAAUGUUUUUCCCUGCCAGGACCUGAUGCAAUCCAUUCAAGCCAACAAGUUUGGAGAGAAUGUUGAGUUCAAUCAAUUCAGAACGUCGAGAUGGAGCCCAACUCACUCCAGUGGGUCGGCUCACCGUGUGGCUUGCACGGACCUUACAUUUUCUACAAGGCUUUUCAAUUCCACCUUGAAGGCAAACCAAGAAUUUUGUCCCUUGGCGACUUUUUCUUUGUAAGAUGUACGCCAAAGGAUCCGAUUUGCAUAGCGGAGCUCCAGCUGUUGUGGGAAGAGAGGACCAGCCGGCAACUUUUAUCCAGCUCUAAACUUUAUUUCCUCCCAGAAGACACUCCCCAGGGCAGAAAUAGCGACCAUGGCGAGGAUGAAGUCAUUGCUGUUUCCGAAAAGGUGAUUGUGAAGCUUGAAGACCUGGUCAAGUGGGUACAUUCUGAUUUCUCCAAGUGGAGAUGUGGCCUUCAAGCUGGGUCAGUGAAAAUGGAGUCCCUGGGAAGGAAUGGACAGAAGGAAGCUCUGCUGAAGUACCGGCAGUCAACCUUGAACAGUGGACUCAACUUCAAAGACGUUCUCAAGGAAAAGGCUGACCUUGGGGAGGACGAGGAAGAAACGAACGUGAUAGUUCUCAGCUACCCUCAGUACUGCCGCUACCGCUCGAUGCUGAAACGCAUCCAGGAUAAGCCGUCUUCCAUUCUCACGGACCAGUUUGCGUUGGCCCUGGGGGGCAUUGCCGUGGUCAGCAAGAACCCUCAGAUCCUGUACUGUCGGGACACCUUUGACCACCCAACUCUCAUAGAAAAUGAGAGCAUAUGCGAUGAGUUUGCGCCAAAUCUUAAAGGCAGACCACGCAAAAAGAAACCAUGCCCACAGAGAAGAGAUUCAUUCAGUGGUGGUAAAGAUUCCAACAAUUCCGAUGGCAAAUCCGUUGCCAAGGUGAAAUGUGAGGCCAGGUCAGCCUUGACCAAGCCGAAGAAUAACCAUAACAACUGUAAAAAAGUCUCCAAUGAAGAAAAACCAAAGGUUGGAAUUGGUGAAGAGUGCAGGGCAGAUGAGCAGGCCUUCCUGGUGGCACUUUAUAAAUACAUGAAAGAAAGGAAGACGCCAAUAGAACGAAUACCGUAUUUAGGUUUUAAACAGAUUAACCUUUGGACUAUGUUUCAAGCUGCUCAAAAACUGGGAGGAUAUGAAACAAUAACAGCCCGCCGUCAAUGGAAACAUAUUUAUGAUGAAUUAGGCGGUAAUCCUGGGAGCACCAGUGCCGCCACUUGUACCCGCAGACAUUAUGAAAGAUUAAUCCUGCCGUAUGAAAGGUUUAUUAAAGGAGAGGAAGAUAAGCCCCUGCCUCCAAUCAAACCUCGAAAACAGGAGAACAAUUCACAGGAAAACGAGAAUAAAACAAAAGUAUCAGGAGGCAAACGCAUCAAACACGAAAUCUCUAAGAGCAAGAAAGAAAAAGAGAAUGCCCCGAAGCCCCAGGAUGCAUCAGAGGUUUCGUCAGAGCAAGAGAAGGAACAAGAGACUUUACACCAGAAAAGCAUCGCUGAGCCUCUCCCAGUAGCAGACACAAAGAAAAAAGUGGAAGGGUACCAGGAUUUUGCAGCAAGGCCCCCGGUGUCCCGAGCAGACCCAGAAAAGGACGACGACACAGAUCAAGGUACCAGCAACGAGGAGGCAGGAGAGGAGGGGCCUGCCCCUCCGCUCGCGAGUGCCCCUCUGGCCCCCGAAAGGGAUCCAGCCCCGAUCCCCGGGGCUGGCAAACAGUCGCGCACCUCUCCCCGGGCUCUCCUGGACUCAAAACAAGAACCCAAGUCCUGCUGUUUUACAGAGAGCCCUGAAAAUGAACUCCAAGAAGCGUCCUUCCCCGGCUUCCCCACCACGCAGCCACCACUGGCAAACCAGAGUGAAAUGGAGGAUGACAAACUCCCCGCAAUGGCGGAUUACAUCGCCAACUGCACCGUGAAGGUGGACCAGCUGGGCAGUGACGACAUCCACAGUGCACUCAAGCAGACCCCGAAGGUCCUUGUGGUCCAGUCAUUUGACAUGUUCAAAGACAAAGACUUGACUGGGCCCAUGAAUGAGAACCAUGGACUUAAUUACACGCCCCUGCUCUACUCAAGGGGCAACCCAGGCAUCAUGUCCCCGCUGGCCAAGAAAAAACUUUUGUCCCAAGUGAGCGGGGCCGGCCUCUCCAGCAGCUACCCCUAUGGCUCCCCACCCCCUUUGAUCAGCAGAAAGAAACUGAUUGUGAGGGACGACCGCUGUUCGGGUUUGUCCCAGGCCCACCACGGCCAAAGCACUGACCACGUGGCAGUCAGCCGGCCGUCGGUGAUUCAGCACGUCCAGAGUUUCAGAAGCAAGCCCUCAGAGGAGAGAAAGGGCAUCAAUGACAUUUGGAAGCACGACAAGCUGGGUCGAUCGGAGCCCCACCGCUGCGGCUUCUCCAAGCAUCACCUUAGCCCCCUUGCCGACUCCUAUGCCCUCAAGCAAGAUGCUCAGGACGGCAAGGAGAAGCUGCUGGAGAGGAGGGCUCCUCCCCACUCCCACAUGCCCAGCUGCCUGGCCGAUUUCUACUCGUCGCCUCAUCUCCACAGCCUCUACAGGCACACUGAGCGCCACCUGCAUAACGAACAGACAUGCAAGUACCCUUGCAGGGACAUGUACGGGGAGUCGGAAAACAGUGCUUUUCCCUCCCACAAGCACCAAGAGAAGCUCCACGUGAAUUACCUGGCGUCUCUACAUCUGCAAGACAAAAAGUCGGCUGCGGCGGAAGCCCUCACAGACGAGCAGCCAACCGACCUGAGCCUUCCCAAGAACCCCCACAAACCCACAGGCAAGGCCCUGGGCCUGGCCCACGCGGCGCCCGGGCCUCAGGAGAGCAAGGGCGCCUCCCAGUUCCAGGUCAUAAACAGCCAGAGUCGAGACUGUCACCCCAAGGCCUGUCGGGUAUCGCCCAUGACCAUGUCGGCCCCUAAAAAAUACCCUGAAUCGCUUUCCAGAUCGGGAAAGCCUCACCCCGUGAGACUGGAGAAUUUCAGGAAGAUGGAAGGCAUGGUCCACCCCAUCCUGCACCGGAAAAUGAGCCCCCAGAACAUUGGUGCGGCGCGUCCCAUAAAGCGCAGCCUGGAGGAUUUGGACCUUGUGAUCGCCGGGAAAAAGGCCCGGGCCGUGUCUCCUCUGGACCCCUCCAAGGAGGUCUCUGGGAAGGAGAAGGCCUCAGAGCAGGAGAGCGAAGGCAGCAAGGCCACGCACGGUGGGCACGCCGGGGGCGCCUCCGAAAGCCACAAGCUGCCCCUCUCCUCCCCCAUCUUCCCAGGUUUGUAUUCUGGAAGCCUGUGUAACUCGGGCCUCAACUCCAGGCUCCCGGCUGGGUAUUCUCAUUCUCUGCAGUACUUGAAAAACCAGACUGUGCUUUCCCCGCUCAUGCAGCCCCUGGCUUUCCACUCACUUGUGAUGCAAAGAGGAAUUUUUACGUCGCCAACAAAUUCUCAGCAGCUAUACAGACACUUGGCUGCAGCCACACCUGUAGGAAGUUCGUACGGGGACCUUUUGCACAACAGCAUUUACCCUUUAGCUGCUCUAAAUCCUCAAGCCGCCUUCCCAUCUUCUCAGCUGUCGUCCGUACACCCCAGUACGAAACUGUAAGCCUGGCUCUGCCCAGCAUCCCAAAUGGCGUGGAUAACAGAGCUUCACUCCUUAGCCUCGGGGUGACGGCUUGUAGAAUUAGAAGUCAGUAUUCUUCUAAUCCGGGGUGAGAUCAGUCCCGGCCAAAAGGGGCCCAGAGGGGAGGUGAACAUACCUGAUAUUUCCGGGAUGACUCUAGCCCUGGCUGGUCAGUCUUGAGCCCCUGCCAACACAGAUGCCCUCGCACCUCAGAUGGUCCACUUUGCACGGGGAUCUUGUGAAGGGGAUUCAUGUGUAUCCAGGAAGAACUUAGAGGACCCCGUCUGAGUUCUGAUGGUCAGGAAACAAUCUGGGCAAAAAAGGGCAGAUAUUUCAGAGGAAGGGGCAAGGAAGACUGGCAAAUAUGCCAAGGGAUGCCCCUCUCUUCAUAAAACUCUCCAAGGUUCAAUCAAUGCAAUGUAUAGUGAAACUUCAAUAGAUCUUUCAUUUUGACACUAUUAAACAAUCCAGAGAAGUAAACACUGUUAAACUGACUGUAUAUAUUUGCUUCUUAAAACUACCCGUAUCACUGUUUGCUCACCUAAUUUAUAUACAGGUAGUCCUAUUUUCUCCCAGUUCCUUCUUGUCCCUUUUUUUUUUUUUUAAUUAAACAGUAUCGCUUUUGUUUGCAGGUCUUGUUUCUGUUUUAUUUUGUUUUGUUUUGUUUUAAAGGCUGACUGUCCUUAGUUGUUGAUGUGUGUUUGUAAUUUUUCCACAUCUUAUCAUUUUGAGCAGCUUUGGGUGGUAAUGUUAUUGUUUACAAAUUGAAGCAACUGAUUCUAGUGGAACAAAUGAUCAAAGAAACAGUUGAGCACACAAUGGUGCAAAGAACGUUCCUUUGCAAAUCUGCAACUUAAGGAUUUUUUCCCUCAUAAAUGGCAUAGUUGAAAGAGCUUAUACACUGCUUACCCGGCCAAAUGCUUUGCUUUGAAGUGUUGGGUUAUGUGAAAAUAUCGAGCAUUGUACUUACCUUAUCUAGGCUGUGAAACUGUCCUGCAUACCAGAGGAAUCAUAAAAACAAAAACCUCACUGUCAGCGAGCUGCUGAAUAACAGCAGAGUCUAGAGGACAUAUCUGUGGGCUGCACACAUAUUUUAGGAAUUUCAGAAAUUAGAAUAGAAGCCAAAAUGAUUUACAUUUGUGUUGGCACUGAUCCCUUUAAACAGUCUGGGAAGGGGGGUUGGGAAGAAGAUAUAGAGCUUGACUAUCCAGGAGAAAGUGCACAGCGGGAGGCCCAGGCACCAGAUACCUGCCCAGGGCCGUGGUCUUUCGAGUAACAGGUAGUCACAUUGCCUUCAUCGAGUUGGUUUCUCGCUAUUCCCAGGAAGAACCUCACAGGCCACAUCUUUGGAGGUGGCCGGCAAACUGAUUACCCAGUUCAAAAGAAAGCCAUCCUCUUUGGGUUUAUGGGGCAUGACUUCUGUGUGUAUGCACACCCAUAGGGUGAUUUGUGUCAUGUUUUUAACCACCUGGCAAUACGGCCCACUUAACAAUUUCUUUUACUGUUGGGAAGAAAUGGUCAAGCUGUUGAAGCAGUCGAAAGAUGCAGAGAAUGUAUACUGUCAUUCUUGCCACUUCAUUCGUUUGCUGCCGAGAUGUAACAUCAAGGUGGAUGCAUUUUCUAAGUGUGUUAAAAGUCGAUCGACACAGAGAGUGGAUUUUCCUUCCAGGUCCCAUCCCUGCCAAUAAGACUGCUUUGAUGAACUCCCCAGUCAACCCUCCCCUGCCCCCACCACUACCGGUAGACAUUAGGACCAUAGUUAACCAAGUCUUUUACCUGUGAGAUAUUUAAUUCUAUGAAAAUGGAUAACCAUUUUCAACUUCUAAAUAGGUAGCCUGACUGCAAAAUGAUCAAAACUGGUAAACAAUGAAACCGUGGCUCUUAAACCAAGCCAUGCAUGCCAUGCAUUUGUACUGAAAUGUCUCUAUGAUACGAAGCCAAAUAUUCAGUGUAGCAUACUUAAUAUCCAAAGGUGGAAACAAGAGAAUGUAGAGAUCUAGUGUUAAGAGUUCCAUUUGCUUCAAUUAAUUAUUUACCUUCCUGUGGAAUAAUAUAUAUAUAUAUAUAUAUAUUUAAUAGAACCAUAGAUAGACUAGUAGAAUUUAGAUUAUAAAUGUGUGAAUGCAGAUUAUCCUGCUAUUGCACAAGAUAGAGGGCGGAAACAAAUCUCAAUUCCAGCUGGCAGAAUGCUGGCCAGGACACACAGAAGGAAGCUGCACUAGACUGAAUAAGUCACAGAAUCAGAGGACAUGGAAGAAGGAGGAAACGCCGGUGUUUCUGCAGCUGACAUGGGCUAGAUCCUACAUGGUUUCUCUGAGCUCGUUUCUCAAAGAAAAUGGGGGCAUCUGUCCCUGGUGGAGCUCACCUAUCCAUUUUGAAUAUGGGGCGUUUGUUUUCCCCACUGCAAUGAUUUCAGUCUGGUUUCAUCAUGUUGGAAUUCGAUCACACCAUUUUCAAACAAUGUUAACAUAGUCCAGCUUUUGUUUUUCUCAUCUCUUCCGAGGAGGAGAUUCACUGUUUCUGUCUGAGGAAGCUCAUACCCUUGGCAAAACAGCAGGACAAAUAAAGAGAAAUGGGGGUAUACAUUCCCAACAGAAGCAGUGUGUUGUUUUAAAACUCCGAACAGAGAUCUUGGAAAUCCUUCAAAAAGACCAUUGAAUUCUUCAUUGGCUGAGAACUACAUUUUAAAAAGUCUUAAAUAGGGCUUUGUUUGCAUUGUUUGAGUUCAAGGGGCCUUAUUAUUGAAUGGAAUUGCACAAGCCUUUCUUUGUGCAAUCAAACCAUUGUUAUUGGUAGUUCUGUAAAGGAAACUGUGGAAUCUAAUUGGCAGUGGAGUCAUGAAUCUAUUUACGAAGUGUGGCUUCCAAGAAAUGUUGCAAUUCAGAAUGCACUAAGUCCGUGAUUUACUGGAGAUUUGGAGAUUCUAAAUAAUAUUUCUGAAAAACUUCUGGCUUAACUUUUGGCAACUCAACAUUAAAGGAAAAAAAAAAACCCACAAAA